AUGAAGAUUAUUAAUGCGGCGUUCGUUUUCACGGAGCAUCACAGCAAGCAGCUCAAGGUAAAGGUCUGCGUGCAGAAGGAGGUGGACAACAACUUCGUGGUUGAGCAGACGUUUGUCAUCGACUUCUCCAUCAGGUCGAGCCAGUGCGACUACUGCAAGCGCAUGUACACCCCUCAUACGUGGAAGGCGAUGGUGCAGAUCAGGCAGAAGACCAAGGACAAGCGGCACAUCCUUAUGCUGGAACAGGUCAUCAUCAAGCACAAUGCUCACGAGAAUGUGUCCAGCAUUCUCUCCAGGCGCAACGGCUUCGAUUUGCACUUCCAAAGCAAAACUUGCGCCCAAAAAUUCGCUGACUUCAUCUCCGACAAGAUCGUGUCGCAAGUCAAGAACAGCAAGAAGCUGAUCACGCAGGACACCGUGAACAACAAGUGGGAUUACAAGCACACGACGCAGGUCACACUCAUACCCAUAUGUGCAGAUGACAUGGUCUUCCUGCCGCCGAAGGUUGCCUCCAUGAACGGGGGUGUAUCGCCUUUUAUGCUAUGCGUCAAUCUGACCACCACAAUCAGUCUGAUUGACCCGUUCACGUUGCGAACGCUGGAGGUAUCUGGCGAGAAAUUCUGGAAAAACCCGUUCUCGUCGCUGUUCACGAAGUUCAACCUAUGCAACUUCAUUAUCCUCAACGUCGAAAAGGAUCGCGAAACCAAGCACUCACACCCAAACUAUGAGCUCGUCGACGUCGAAAUCAUGGCAGUCAACUCUUCCACCGUAAUCUACACGAAAUCGCAUCUGGGGAAGACUCUGGCCGUGGGCGAUACCUUCAGCGGCUACGACAUCAGAAGAAUCAACAUGAACGGGCUCUCCGAGGAGGAAACCGACAUCACGAACAAGAUCCCCUUCGACGUUAUCCUCGUCCGCAAGGUCAAGAACAAGAAGGCAUUCAAAACCAACUGGGUGCUCAAGAGGAUCGUUGAGACGAAGGGCGGCGAUUCUGACGAUGAGAUCGAGGAGGACGAACUACUCGAUUUCAAGGAAGAACUGAUGAACAAGAAGGAAUUGCAACGCAACGUUGAGUUCUACCAGAAUCCGAAGAUGCAAGUGUCUAGGGACGACAAUGCCGAGGACGGGGAACUCGACGUGGUCGCCUCGCAGCUGAAGGAGCUUUCGUUGCAAGACACGAACUACUUCUGA